AAGGUCAAGGCGCGAGCGGGCGCGCGCCGCCGCCCGUGUCGUGAGGCCGGCAUUCCCGGCCCGCCGCCGUCGCCCACCCGCGCGGGAGCCAUGGAAGGAGUGAGCGCGCUGCUGGCGAGCUGCCCCACGGCCGGCCUGGCCGGUGGCCUGGGCGUCACGGCGUGCGCUGCGGCCGGCGUGCUGCUCUACCGGGUCGCGCGGAGGUUGAAGCCCACGCACAUGGUGGUCAACUGCUGGUUUUGCAACCAGGACACACUGGUGCCCUAUGGCAACCGCAACUGCUGGGACUGCCCCCACUGCGAGCAGUACAACGGCUUCCAGGAGAACGGAGACUAUAACAAGCCGAUCCCUGCCCAGUACAUGGAGCACCUGAACCAUGUGGUGAGCAGCGUGCCCAGCCCGCGAGACCCCACACAGCCUCAGCAGUGGGUGAGCAGCCAGGUCCUGCUUUGCCGAAGAUGCAGCCACCACCAGACUACCAAAAUCAAGCAGCUGGCCGCCUUCUCACCAAGAGAGGAGGGCAAGUUCGAUGAGGAGAUCGAGGUGUACCGCCACCACCUGGAGCAGAUGUACAAGCUGUGCCGGCCGUGCCAGGCCGCAGUGGAGUACUACAUCAAGCACCAGAACCGCCAGCUGCGUGCCCUGCUGCUCAGUCACCAGUUCAGCCGCCGGGAGGCUGACCAGGCCCACACGCAGAGCUUCUCUUCCUCCGCGAUGAAGGCCCCAGUCCAGGUCAUCCUGCUCCGGGCCUUGGCCUUCCUGGCCUGCGCCUUCCUGCUGAGCAUCGCCCUGUACGGCCCCAGCGAUCCCUUUACCCCCGGGGCUGCCCUGCCCCCAGCUCUGCCACCUGGUGGCAAUGGCUCGGCUAUGCCGGAUAACAGCACUGCCUCCGAAGCUGAGGGCUGGCAGCAGCUGCUGGGCUUGCUGCCGGAGCACAUGGCAGACAAGCUGCUGGAGGCCUGGGCCUUUGGGCAGACCCACCAGAUGGGCAUCGUGGUGCUGGGCCUGCUCACCUGCCUGCUGGCCAUGCUGCUGGCUGGCCGGAUCAGGCUCAGAAGAAUUGAUGCUUUUGCCACCUGUCUGUGGGCCCUGCUGCUGGGGCUGCACCUGGCGGGGCAGUACCUGCAGGCUGCCUCCCCCAGCUGGCUGGACACGCUCAAGUUCAGCACCACGUCCCUGUGCUGCCUGGUGGGCUUCACCGCAGCUGUGGCUACAAAGAAGGCAACGGGCCCCAGGAGGUUCCGGCCCCGAAGGUACUUCCCAGGAGACACCCCUGGCCUCUUUCCCUCCAGCCCCCACCUGGCCGUGUCUCACCCAAGCAUCACGGGCUCCGCACCAUCUCUGUUCAUCCCCACCCCACCCGGCUUCCUGCCCCUCGCCAGCCAGCAGCUGUUCCGCUCUCCCCGCCGGGCCUCGCCCUCCUCGCUGCCCGGCCGGCUCAGCCGGGCCCUCUCGCUGGGAACCAUACCCUCUCUGACCCGAACAGACUCAGGGUACCUGUUCAGCGGGAGCCGCCCUCCCUCGAGAGUGUCUCCACACGUAGAGGUUCCCCUCUCAGAUUACUUCUCCUUGCUGUCCGGGAGCCUCCCCGCUUCCCCCCUCCCCUCCCCAGCACCUUCCGUGGCCAGCUCCGUGGACUCCAGCUCUGGAUCCCUGCGCCACCGGAGGCCUCUCAUCAGCCCUGCCCGGCUCAACCUGAAGGGGCAGAAGCUGUUGCUGUUCCCAUCGCCCGCGGGGGAGACCCCCCACACCCCCAGCAGCUCGGAAGAACACUCACCGCCCAGCGGCAGCCUCUUCACCAUCGAGUCUCCCCAGGCCCCCCGCAGGCAGCCCACGCGGGACGCCAAGCACACUGUGGACAUGAGGUCCGUGCUGGCCAGAGACGGCGCCUGUAGCAGCCGCUCCAUCAAAAAAGAAGACGACUCCUCCCAGUCAUCCACCUGCGUGGUGGACACCACGACCCGAGGGUGCUGUGACGAGGCUGCCACAUGGAGAGGGCGCUGCGGGCCCUCCCUGGUCCGAGGCCUCCUGGCGGUGAGCUUGGCCGCCAAUGCGCUCUUCACCUCGGCCUACCUGUACCAGAGCCUGCGCUGAGCCGGGCGUCCAGGCGGCGAGGCCGCGCCCACUGCCUCCACCGUGCCGACCCGUGCCAGGGCCUGCGCCUGCGCCCAACGCCCGGUCCGCGACCUCGUGGAUGGCGAGCCCCAGUCCCCAGGACGCCUGCGCCCCUCCCCCAGGCCGGGGGGCCACGCGGGGCCGGGGUGGUGCUCUCCCCCCACCGCCUCCGUGGUAGACGUGGGUUGUGUUUGGUGCUGAUGCUCUGACCCCGAUGCCAGGAACCCCCAAGAGACCGCCUGACCCUGGGGUCCCCACCCCGCAUCCAGCCAGGAGAGGGCACACUGCUGUGAACUCUGAGCCUCCAGCCAUGCUUGCCCGGAGGGAGGGGGACGCUGCUCAGCCCCAGGGGGGGCGGGAAGGGAGGGGUGGCCACCCUGCCUCGCCCCACCCUCUUGAGAGAGAAAGCCGUCCCCUUUACACCCAUCCUGCUCCUGGGGCUCCAGGCUAGGGGGGGCAGCACCCUUCAGGACCGUGGUGAGCCCUGCCCUCCCUUCCCCUCACACUCCUUCCCUGCAGACCCCCAUUUUGUGACUUGGUGAUCUCCCUGGGGAGCUCCCCUCUCCCACCGUCUGCCUGUCCCUCUCGCCCGCACUGCCCUCAAGAGUCCUGGUUUGACCCCUCCGAUCAAACUGGAACCCUCCCUACCCCCGAGGGACCCUGAGACCCCACUGCCUCCCCUAGACUCCACAUGACCUCUGACCCCUCCCCCAGAGACCCUAGCACUGCCCGCGUGACCAGGACCACCGCUGCCCCCUGCUCUCUGGACUGGGUGUUUGGCCCCCCUGAGCAGGAAGAGGGGACCUUGGCGAGCCCGCCUGUCGUCUGUCUGUCCGUCUGUCUGUCUGGGACUUGGUGGGGGGAGGGACAGGAGGAGGGUCUUCACUUACCAUUCAGGGAUAAAGUUGAUUUUAUUUUUCUACACCUUGGCCGGGCCAGGCCUGUGCUGAGCCGCAGGGUGCCUCCACGCUCCCUGCCGGGAGUCGUCUUCUGAAGCUUUGGGUGCUCCUAAGUCAUUUUUUAAAAUGCGGGGAAGGGAACCGAGCCAACCUCACCUCCCGCCCGGCCCUGUCCCGGGAGCCCCGGGCCCAGCCCGCCCUGCCCCUGGUGGGCAGCGGGCCCCAGAGCAGUGUCAGGGCCGGCGUCCAGCCACCCAGGAAGCUCCCAGCGUGGGGGUCCCGCGGUGGCGCUCACCCACAUCGUGGGGGCGUCGGGUUUUUUAAUUUCACUUCUAGCCUAAGCAUCCCGGCUCGGAACUCGCGGGGCGGGAGUGGCGCCAUCUCCUCGGCCCGGCCCCGGGGCCGGGCCACACCCUGUGCGGGCAGGUGGGACUUUUACUUGGGUUUUGUUUCAGAAAACACAUUAUUUUUCUUUACCAGAAAGAAAAGAAAAAAUCUACCAAUCUUUGAA